CUGGCCUGCAAGUUCGAAAAGGCCCACUGAAAGACUAAGGGACCCUCAUCCAGACUACCUAUUAUAAAAGGCUCCAAAACCCUAAUCACUUCUGUGUUGGACGAGCAGACGGCGUCUUCAGUAGCUUCGAUUAAUCCAGCCCUAGAGCUACAAUGGGUAUCGAUCUAGUUGCAGGAGGUAAGUCCAAGAAGACCAAAAGGACCGCACCUAAAUCCGAUGAUAUCUAUCUCAAGCUUCUUGUCAAGCUGUAUCGCUUUCUCGUGCGAAGGACCGGAAGCAAGUUCAAUGCUGUUAUUCUCAAGCGUCUUUUUAUGAGCAAGGUCAACAAGGCGCCACUUUCGCUCUCUAGGCUGAUCCGUUACAUGCAAGGGAAGGAUGGCAAGGUUGCUGUUCUUGUUGGCACAGUGACGGAUGAUAUUAGGGUUCAUGAUGUCCCUGCCAUGAAAGUUACAGCUUUAAGGUUUACUGAGACAGCGAGAGCCAGAAUUGAGAAGGCUGGAGGGGAGUGCCUCACAUUUGAUCAGCUUGCUUUGAGAGCACCGUUGGGCCAGAACACGGUUCUUCUCCGAGGUCCAAAGAAUUCACGUGAAGCUGUGAAGCACUUUGGUCCAGCUCCUGGUGUUCCCCACAGUCACACUAAACCCUAUGUUCGUUCCAAGGGGAGAAAGUUUGAGAAGGCUAGGGGAAAAAGAAACAGCAGGGGAUUUAGAGUUUAAGCUGAGUUUAGUAAUUAAAAGCAAACCUUUCCCUUUUCUGACCGACAAUUCAAUUUUGCUUUGUGCUAGAAUUUUUCUUGGUCACGUGUUCCAUUACAUGUAUUGUCAAUGUUGGUUUAUGCUUGAGGAUCAGUACUCUAGUUAGUUUGAUUUAAUCGUUCCAUUUUAUAAAAUGACAUUUUAUAUA